CCAUAAAGAAAAAAAAACUCAGGUCGGCCAGCCGGCGACUCUUCAAAGCCAAAGACCCAUAAUAAGACACGCUUUGACAAUUCGAACAUCAUCCUUUUCAACUCCGUUUAAUUCAAUGUCCCAACUCCAAAUUGUCCAAAUUAAUCAUAUUUUCAUAUUUUUUGUCUGAUCAUCAUACACUUGUUCCUCCAGUUUCUGAUCAAACAAUAUACUUUCGAGCUGAUUUUUAUAAUUUUUAUUUUAGUUGUUAGUUUUAAUUUCAUCUGAAGAGUAAAAACGGUUGCCAAUUUGAUUUUGGUUACAAGAAAAGAAGAACAGAGAUGGUUCAAGUCAAAGAAUUCCGAAUUGUGAUGCCAGUAUCAUUGGAAGAGUAUCAGAUAGCUCAGAUGUAUAUGGUAAUGAAAAUGCAGCAACAGAAUACAAAUAGUAAUGAAGGUGUUGAGGUUUUGGAGAAUAGGCCCUUGGAGGAUGAUGUAUUUGGACAGUGUCAAUACACAUCGAAAGUGUAUCGGUUGCAAAGCAAAGCGCCUACUUGGCUUGCAGCUUUUGCACCAACAGACGCUCUUAUCAUGCAAGAAGAAGCUUGGAACGCAUACCCGAGGUGCAAGACAGUAAUCAAGUGUCCAUAUUUCACCAAGUUUUCUUUAACUGUGGAAACUAUACACAAGGCUGAUAAUGGUCAAUCAGAAAAUGUACAUGGUUUAUCCAAGGAACAAUUAGCAACCAGACAGGUUGAAUAUCUCGAUAUCGCUUCAGCCGCUACUGAUUAUUGGAGCUACGCCGUCGGUAGUAACAGCACUGACUUCUCAAAAUUCAAAUCUGUAAGAACUGGCCGUGGUCCACUUGCGGAUCGAUGGCAGGAUAGGUGUAAACCUGUCAUGACCGCAUACAAAUUGAUCACAAUUGAUGCACCGUACUGGGGUUUUGGUUAUCGACUUGAACAGGCUUUGCUAGCGGGUGAAAGAGCUCUUUUCUUGGAGAGUCAUCGGAAUUGUUUUAGCUGGAUUGAUGAAUGGUUUGGGGUGUCUAUGCAACAAAUACGCAAACUUGAACUUCAAAGUAAUUCAUCACUAAAUAAGAAGAUUGGAAUGACGAAUUUUGAAGGCUUAGAUCAGAGGCUUUGUCUUGAUAAAGAAGAUUCUGGCAGCGACGUGUUUCAACUUAAAUCCGAGAAGCAUGAACUUGUAGUCGAUAUGUAAGGUUCACAAUUGAGUUUGCAUGGGCAGAUACGUUAAGCAGUGAAAUGGGAUGAUGAUACCGCAAAGGUUCCAUUGAAUCUUUCGCUUUAUAAACAGAGUUGUCCAUUGAUCCGACCAGGUGGUAAUUAUUUGAUUUUGAUAACUUUGGUCAUCCCAUAUAGAAGUUGUAAAUUGCUUGUAGAAGAAACUCAAUUCUUUUGGAACCCAUAGUUAUGCCAAAUGUAUCAGGAACAUUCUUUGCAGCAGGUCCUGAAAUUUCCUGUGCAAUUCCAAUUAUGUAUAUUCAUAGUUUUA